AUGACUGCGACUUCUGAUCUCCCGGCGAUGAACACGCCUUUCAAGAACCCAAAGUUCAUCUUCUUCACCGACUUCGACGGCACCAUCACGCUGAAAGACAGCAAUGACUACAUGGUAAGCGCUCGCAUGUGAGAAAUCAAGAGACUGGACUUGAUUGUCCGACAACACAGACAGACAACAUCGGCUUCGGCUAUGACAAACGUCGACAAGGAAACAUCGACACUCUGGAGGGAAAGACGACCUUCCGGUACUUUCAGUGCUUCCUUUCUUAGCGUGGGCCACCAGAAAGCUGACUGUCGAUUCAAGUGAAUCCUUCCAAGGAAUGAUGGACUCCGUCACCAAGCCCUUCCCGGAGUGCAUCGACUACCUGGUCGAAAACAUCAAACCGGACCCUCACUUCAACGAAUACUUCCAGUGGGCCCUGGCCAACCAAAUCCCUACCGUUGUCCUCUCCUCUGGCAUGGAGCCUAUCAUUCGCGCCAUCCUUAAGAACCUCGUUGGACCAGAUCACGAAAAGAUCGAUAUUGUCGCCAACGAGGCUGUCGCUCGUCCCGGAAAGUCGAUCGACCAGGAGGGCGGCUGGCAGAUUAAGUUCCACGACGAGAGCGGUUUCGGCCACGACAAGUCAAUGACCAUCCGACCAUACGCCAAUCUACCCAAGGAGCAGAGACCGACGUUGUUUUAUGCGGGUGAUGGUGUGAGCGACUUUUCUGCUGCCAAGGAGACGGAUCUGUUGUUCGCCAAGAAGGGAAAUGGUAUCUCAAUCCUUUCAUCUGCCAUGUUUGGGAGAAUAUAUUGCUAAUCAAUCGUCAGACCUCAUCACAUACUGUGUCAAGGAUAGCAUCCCAUUCACCGUCUUUGAAGACUGGUCCAGCAUUUUGGCGACCGUCAAGAAAAUUGUCGCAGGCGAGAUCACCGUCCACGACGCUGCCAAGCAGGGAUACGAGGAAUACAAGAAGGGCAAUGCCGGCGUUGCUGUCAACGGCAAGGCAUCCUAA